AUGCCAAAAGAACAAUUUGCAAUCGGAAAACGGGCUGUCGUGUGUCAAGACACUGAAAUGAAAGGUGAAAUUGAUAUAGGCUCAGGAACUGUCUUGCACCCUCAAUGUAAGAUCCUUGCGGAAUCAGGCCCGAUUAUUAUCGGUUCAAACAACAUUAUAGAAGAAAAUGUGACGAUUAUAAACAAACAACCGACACCUUUAAUUAUUGGUGAUGAAAAUGUCUUUGAAGUUGGAUGCUAUGUAGAAGGAUCCAAAAUUGGGAAUAAAAAUGUAAUAGAAGCAAAAGCGAGAAUUUUGGGGAAUACGUCAUUAGGAGACAAUUGCGUUAUUGGUGCCGUUUGCUCAACCAAGAGGGAUGAAGUAAUUCCCAAUAAUACUGUUAUAUACGGUGAUCAUCAUAAUCGGAGAACUCAAACAACAUGCGCAAGCCAACAAUCAAGCUUACAUGCUCGCCACUUGGAUUAUCUUCGCGAGGUGUUGCCAAAAUUCAACCAUGUUCGAAUUGGUGGUGCUAACACAGCCACCGAAUCGGCAGCUAGUAAUCAUCCAAGAAAAGUUAAAGAAAAAGAAAAAGACUCGUCUCACUAA